AUAAAUUAUAAAUUUUUGUUUUUUCUAAUUUUGAUAAUGCUGUCCAUUCCGCGAAAUUCCUUGGCCAGCAGAUUAUCGUCGUUCGUUCGUCUUGGUUCGGUCGGACUUCUUAAUCAGCAAUUUCGAAACUAUUCGGAUUCUGAAAAGUGUGAUGAGCCGAAGCAGGAAUCUAAGUGUGGACUUGCAGUACUGAGAGAGUAUCCCUGUGGUCUUAAGCCUACACAGUUAAAAAAGCCAAAGAAAAAACUCGCGCGACCAAAGCUUGUGUCUAUGUGGAAGCUGGACGAUUGCGAGCCUGAUCUCUGUGUUAUGGAUCUUCGCUACGAUAUGAAAUACUAUCGCAUAACUGAUAAGAGAAAGCGCAAAUAUCAAGUAACAUGGAACGAAUGCCCUCGACUCUUAAUCAAACCCAAAAAGGUGUGCCUCUACGAGAAAUUAAAACGCCCCAAGAUCGUGAGGCGAAAACGAGGUGCCAGCACUGGUAGUGCUGCUGCUGGUGGACAAAGCCUGACUUGCGGCAAGGAAAAGACUAAGAACUUAUGUGUGUACAUUAAAGCGCCUUGUUGUAAGGUCGGACGAAAGCCUCCAAAAUGCAGAAGUGCAUUCAAAAGUCUUGGCAAUUGCGAGAAACGCAAAACCCCGUAUCCAAGCUUUUCAGAGUGUAGAAAGGAUCCGUUACUCGAAUUACCGCCCGUCGAAUGCCGUUGCCUUUCCACGCCAGCAACGUGCGAUGCUUGGGCCAUAUUGAGACGACGAUUCGCUAGAGGACAGCCCCCAGCCAAAAGAUGUGGAGAAGCCUAGAGCAUGAGGUCUAAUGCGGCAGAUAUCAGAACUAUUUCAAAUGAGUCAUUGUUUAAAGAGUUGUUAUCCGCAAUAGAAAUUAAGUUAUAAAAUUUAAAAUUAAAAGGACGCCAGAAUAAAGUCAGAGGCUCGAUACAGAACCAAUCUUUGAAUAAAUAUAUGGAAGUAACUUAUUGAAGACAACCCUUGCCUUGGUUUUCUAAUCAAAGUAACACAUACUUAAAAAUGCUGAGUCCCCACAUCGUCAGUCUCUACAGUCUUUCCCCAUGAGCAGACCUCAUUCAAAAUUAAUACUUUACUUUCGAAAUAAUUUGUAUAUUCAAAAUUCAAAAUAAAAUGCUGCAAAAAUUGGUAACGCGACUUUUGUUGCCCUUGCGAUUUACUGAGUGUCCGGUGGGAUUUAUUAAUAAUAGGCUGUACGCAAAGGACUCAUCUUGCGGUGACAAGAACAGGCCCAAGCCCAGCUGUAAACACGUACGCCAUAAGGCGAAGUGCACAAAAAAACCAGCUCCAACACCCAGUUUCUCGGAGUGCAAAAAAGAACCAACUGUACCGAAGAAAUCUAGUGAAUGCGACUGCUUGAAGAUGGACAAAUGAACUGGAUUUUAAGACAGCAUUAUAAAUAGAAUCAAUUGAAUAAACUUUAAAGUUUCUAAC